UUUUGGAUUUGACGGAUUACGUGUGCAGUGGAAAGCCGGUGGAACGUUAAUUUACGACGAUGGCGCAGCAAGUAUUGUUGUUCGUCAUGGUUCUGUAUUUCCCCUCCGUGGUCGGACAAGUCAGCUACUCGAUCCCGGAGGAGAUGGAGAAAGGCUCGUUGGUGUCUAACGUAGCGCAAGAUUUAGGUUUGGAUUUAAAAAGGCUGAAAUCCGGGCGAGCUCGCAUUCAUUCUGGAGACAACGCGGAGUAUCUCGAGCUGGAUAAAGAAAGAGGGCUCCUCCUUGUGAAGGAGAGGAUAGACAGAGAGACGCUGUGCGGUGAGACGACGCUCUGUGCUCUGCAUUUACAAAUGAUUCUGGAAAAUCCCAUGGAAUUGUUUCGCAUCACUAUUGAAAUCACAGACAUAAACGACAAUGAACCCUCUUUUGAAUCCAUCAGCAAACGUUUUGAAAUCAGUGAAUUGGCCAUUAUUGGCUCCAAAUUUGUGCUGGAGAAAGCCAUCGAUGCUGAUAUUGGUACAAAUGGCCUGCAAAGCUACUCGCUCAGCCCAACCAAUAAUUUUCAACUGAAAUUGGAAAGUCAAGCAAACGGAGAUAAAAAAGUGGAGAUGAUAUUACAGAAGGCUCUUGAUCGAGAACAGCAGGAGAAGCUUUCCUUGUUAUUAACAGCCUUUGACGGCGGACAACCGCGCAGGUCAGGAACAAUGCAGAUUAUUUCGGGCAAAGCUCGCAUCCACACGGGGGACCGCGCUGAUUACGUCCAGCUCGACAAGGAAAAAGGAGUGCUGGUUAUAAAAGAGAAGAUAGAUCGCGAAGCUAUUUGCGGCCAGACAACGCCUUGUGCGCUCCAUUUUCAAAUAGCGCUCGAGCAGCCGAUAGAAAUAUUACCCGUGACUGUUGAGGUCACAGAUAUGAACGACAAUGAUCCGGUUUUUGAAAAGGAAGGUCGGGUGUUGGAAAUCAGCGAGUCGGCUGUUGUUGGCUCUAAAUUCAUGUUAGAGAAAGCAGUCGACCCCGACAUCGGGAGCUCAUAUGAAGCUUAUGUUGUAGAAAACAACACUCCAGGUCUCUCCGUAUUGAUGCUGAAAGCCAGUGAUGCUGACUGGAACCAGAAUGCUCGUCUUUCGUACAUCCUGGAGGACUCCUCAGUUAAUGGAGUGCCAGUCUCCUCAUAUGUGUCUGUUAGUGCCGAUAGUGGAGUCAUCCAUGCAGUGCGUUCAUUUGACUAUGAGCAACUGAAAGAGUUCAAUUUCCGAGUCAGAGCGCAGGAUGGUGGCUCCCCUCCUCUCAGCAGCAACGUGAGUGUCCGCAUCUUGAUCCAGGACCAGAACGACAACGCCCCUCAAGUCCUGUACCCGGUGCAGACGGGCGGCUCGCUGCUGGCUGAAAUGGUACCACGUUCGGCCGAUGUGGGCUAUCUGGUGACUAAACUGGUGGCCGUGGAUGUGGACUCUGGCCAGAACGCCUGGCUCUCCUACAAAGUGCACAAGGCCACCGACAGGGCACUGUUUGAAGUGGGCCUCCACAACGGAGAAAUCAGAACUGUCCGCCAAGUGACUGAUAAAGAUGCUGUCAAACAAAAAAUGACUGUUGUCGUGGAGGACAACUUAACGUGGCGGUGGCCGACAGCUUCCCUCAAGUGCUGUCAGAGUUCACUGACUUGA